AUGACUAAGACGUCCGGAACCGGGAUUAAAACCGGCCCUGUGUCCUGGGAUAUCGGCGCAUCUCCAACAGCUGGGAAAAGGUACACUGUGCCAGCCAUUAAAAACCUCAACACUGGCAUAGUGGUCUACGGCUCCCAUGCAAUUGCCAAAUACCUCGACGAAACUGACAAGCUACUUAUACCCCGCGGGGCACACGUACUUGUAGAGACCUCCGAGACCCCAUAUAUCAACACAGUCAUGAUGCCGUCCUUCAAGCUGCUCAUGACCAGAACUCUCGAGACACAGAAUGAUAUUAGCUGGCAAGUGUUCAUCCAAUCGCGAUUAAAAAUGUUUAGAGAAACACACUGGGAAGAUAUGGCUCCUGAGGGGAAGGCACAGCAAAUGUGGGCUGCGUUAAAGAAGGGCCUUGGUGUGGUGAACGGGUGGUAUCAAAAGAGCGGGGGUAGGUGGAUUAUGGGAAACACGUUCUCGUUCACGGAUAUCGUCGUGGUGUCUUGCAAGUGGAUAGUUUGGUGGAACGCUAUCUUGAACAAACAAGAACGCCAAGAGGUCCACACAUUGCACGGGGAAAAAUGGGCACGUCUCUUGGUAGAUGUGAAUGCCGGGUGCAACACAGAUUUAGGCUCCUGUGAAGAACAUAGUCAUUAA